AACCUUAAAUAUUCAAACCUUUUUAUUUUUUUUAGUCAAGAAUUAUUUCUUACGCAAGAUAAUGUCUUCUUUUUCUACGCCAAGUUCUUCAAUUUUCUAUGCUCUACUGUGCAAGAUUGUAUUAUAUAAGCAGAAACAGCAACACCAAACUUUCAUGAGCAAACAAGGUUGAAAACUUCAUCAGAGAUGGAGUUAGAUCAAGAGCUUGGAACUAAUGAGUUAUUUCAAGCUCAAUGCCACAUAUACAAACACAUGUACCACUACAUGGAAUCCAUGUCUUUAAAAUGUGCUGUUCAGCUCGGAAUUCCUGACAUUAUCCACAAACAUAACCAACCCAUUACCCUUACAGAUCUGGCUUCUCAUCUUCAAGUUCCUCCGAUAAAAGCUAACUGUCUGCAGCGCGUUAUGCGGGUACUGGUGCACUCUGGCUUCUUUGCUACAGCCAAAGUACAUGAGAAUAAAGAAGAAGAAGGUUAUGUUCUUACAACUUCCUCUAGUCUCUUGCUCAAAGACAGCCCCACCAGCUUGUCUGCAGCCGUUCUUCCAUUUUUAGACCCCGCUCUGAUAACUCCAUGGUUUUCUCUUGCUGAUUGUUUCCAUGGGAAUGAGCUCACAGCAUUUGAAACUUAUCAUGGAAUGAAUUUUUGGGAGUAUGGGAAGCAAAAUCAUGAGUUUAUCAAUUUCUUGAACGAGGCCAUGGCCUGUGAUUCUCAACUGGUGAGCUUGGUUGUUAAGGACCAUAAGGAAAUUUUUGAGGGAGUUGCCUCAUUGGUAGAUGUAGGAGGUGGAACAGGAACUCUAGCCAGUGCAAUUGCUGAUGCAUACCCUCAUAUGGAAUGCACAGUCUUGGACCUCCCACAAGUUGUUGCAGAUAUACAAGAGAGUAAAAGCUUGAAGUUUGUCGGUGGUGACAUGUUUGAAUCUGUUCCUUCUGCAGAGGCAGUUCUGAUCAAGUCUGUUCUGCAUAACUGGAGCGACGAGGCCUGCAUAAAGAUUUUGAAUCGAUGCAGAGAAGCUAUUGCAGGCUCAGAGAAGGGAGGAAAAGUGAUAAUUGUAGAAAUGGUGAUUAAUGACAAGAAAGAUGAAAGUAAUCUAGCAGAAACAAAGCUGUUUGCAGACCUGCAAAUGAUGAUUAUAUGCAAUGGAAGAGAGAGAAACGAGCAAGAAUGGGCAAGGCUUUUCUCGCAGGCUGGAUUUAGUAGUUAUAAAAUGACAGCUACUUGUGGGUUAAACUCCAUUAUUGAAGUUUAUCCGUAGGGUGUCACAAUUUUAUAUGAGGUGCUCCUUUGUUCCUUCAGGAUUGCUAAGUUGUUGAGCAAAUAAUUUGUAAUAUGCUUAUGUUAAUUAUUUAACAUAGAAAAUGACUUUUAUUUUGCGCUAGUUUAUGCGAUUUUUCGA